AUGGUAUCGAUUUCCAACCCUGGUGAUUGGCACUCUCCGGUCGGUCGGUUGGCCCCUGCUGUCAGUGCCGACUUCCGCGUGCUCGUUUCUGCCGUCACUUCACGUGCCAUUCACCAUGUCGGAAUAUUCCACUUUUCAGAACUUACUACUUAUGAUGCCAUCCCUCCCACGACCCGGUUUACGUUUCUCUUGCAGACUCUUAAUGAUAAGGGGCUGCCUGGUCAGUCCCGGCACAUGGCUGCUAUUCUGGGUCGUCGUUUGCUGAUGAACGAAUAUGACACCUCCUUCGAGCCUUUAUCCGACGAAACUAAAACGGCUGCCAAACAGCAACUGCUGCUCAGUAUCAUACAUGAGUCGGAUCAACCAAUGCGAAGAAAAGUUGCCGAUUUCACUGCAGAAUUGGUUCGCUCUGAGCUCGCGUACCAAAUGUAUCUACUUCGUUCGCUACACCCACCUCUGAUGAUGUACAUAGUUUUUGUGGAUCUUCGCUUCCUGUAA